AUGGCUUUGGUACUUGCUUCGCUAUGGCUCUGGGGACAGUACGAAAGCCAUGUCGAAGCCUCAUUAGAUAAGGCCUACAAGCCACUGCCGCUCCCGGAAAACCCGCAGUAUAGCACCCAAGAUGUCAGCAUUGUGGUUGCCACCAUUGAUACCCCGGGAACCCUCCCCCAAUCUCUGUGCGAAUGGCUUCGCAACGAUCCACACGAGAUAAUAAUUGUCACAAUCCAGCGAGAUCUCCAGCUUGUCCAAUCCCUUGUAUCGCAAGUUCCACACGCAGCUACAAUUACUCGGGUUGUCACCUGUGGCAUCACAAACAAGAGAGAGCAACUCGCCAAGGGUAUCAGAAUGGCAAGGGGUCAGAUUAUAGCUCUCGUGGACGAUGACGCGUUUUGGCCCGCUACUACGGUGCUGCCGUUCCUACUUGCUGGUCUGGAGGCAGAUCCAAGCGUAGGAGGAGUCCAGGGAAGACAGAGUGCCUACAUUCCAGAGAGCAGACGCAAAAGCGAUGAAAUAACCCCCUGGGAGGUGGCUGCGAUCCGCUGCCUGGAAGUUCAGAACCGAGUCCAAGCAUCCCGGUUUGCAGCAGAUGGGGGCUGCUUUUGUCUGGUUGGCCGCACGAUGCUCCUUCGCUCAAGUCUGCUCAAUGAGGAAUUCCUCCAUGCGAUGUGUAAUGACUAUUGGGCAGGCAACAAACUCAGCACAGGGGACGACUGCUUCAUUUCUCGCUGGAUGAUGAACAAGGGUUGGAAGUUCUGCAUCCAGAAUGCAGAUGAGGCCGAAAUUCUAACAUUGAUACCUAGUGACAGCAAGAUGCUGUUACAAAAUGUGCGAUGGAAAAGGAGCUCGUUCCAGUCGUGCUUAAAAAUUCUGUUUUAUUGUCCUGGCCUUUCUCGUUUCAGGCGGUGA